CUGGUCUAUCUAUAUACGCAUUAUUUUAUGAUUAGUGGUGGCGAGAAGACCUAGCCUUUAACCUAACCUAUACUUUGUAAUCAUAUUUUUGUAUUAUCGUUUCCGUAAAUAAAAGAUAUUUUCUGUAAAAAGUUAGGCGCAACAAGUGAGAUGCAAUAUGAUAUCCGUUUGAGGCUAUCGAAGCUGGUCGCAGAGGUAACAAUUUUCGGAUCAACAACGUGACUGUUUCUUCUUUGUUGACUGCUACAAUCCAUUGAGAAAUAUGUCUGGGAAGGGGAAACAAAGUUCGAAGAAAGCUGUCGUCAAAGGGCGUGAGUCUGGCAAGACCGCACAGUCUUCACUGGUGAAUCAUUCGGAGACAAGUGCGGAGGCUCCAGAACCGAUGAUGUCUCUGACUGUUUUGAAGACAGUCGACAACAGUCGAGAUCUGCCCAAGUAUACCGAGCUCUUGAAUCGCACGGAAGAGGAAGGUAUACAAAAGGAGGACAUCGAUGCAUUACAAUUGGAGUUGGAGAUGCUUCUGUCCUCUGCUGUUGUACGAUGCCGUACUCUUCAAGAGGAGAUCACCAGCUUGUCGUCAGCAGAGGAACGUCGAGACAGACGGUCGAAAAGUGGCAAGAGUCUAUCUCUCAUUGACAAGAAAGUACGUGAGGAAAAACUCAAGCCAAAAGAUGCCAGCACUAAGAGUCAGUCGCCUCUGCACACAAAACUGUUCAAACAGAAGGCAGUAGGGAACUCGACCAAUCAAGUGGUGCCGAAUGUGCAUGAAGUCGCGAGGAUUGAGGGGACAAAAGAUGCCCCAAAGUUGCUCUUACCGAAAAAUGAUACACCCAACAAGUUCUGGGCCUCUGUUGAUCCUUAUUGCACUGACAUCAUGCCUGACGAUAUUAAGUUGCUGGAGGAAUUAAUCGUCACACACAGUGACACCAGUGAAUUCAAGAAGAUCCCUUCUUUGGGCCGACACUACAGCUUGAUGUGGGCGCAUAGCGACUUGCUGCAAGAGGAGGAUGCAGCUAACCCGAACAGAGAGAAGAAGAAGAAUCGCACAGAUAUGUCGCACUUGAUAUCCAAGGGUGACAAGAAGGUUAACGGCAUCGUGGGGCCUCUCACUCAGAGGUUGGUCUCCGCUCUUCUCGAGGAGAAUGUAUUCGUAGGGAAUAAUAAUACAGAGAACAAAUUGUUCCGAGACGGUGACCCGGCCGUCUUGAGGGAUCUGAGCAUACAUAACUCCAUGAAUCUGGAGCUGCGGAUGCACAAGGAGCUGGUCGAACAGGGGAUUCUGGAGCCUGAUGGGCAGAAGAAGAAUCAGGAGGACGAUGAGAUUCUCGCAGAGAUCAAGAGAUGCCAGCAGGAGCUUUCUGCGUUGUCCAGUCACAAUGUCACGCAGCUGAGGAGAUUGCUGAAUUUGGCGCAGGAGGAGAGCAAGAGGCAAGCAUUGAAACGGAAAAUCAGCAGCGCGGACAACGAAGUGAUAGAGCACUACAAAAAAUUGACUUUCGCGAAGCAAACGAAGACGCCACUGACGAAGAAAGAACAGGACAAGGCGUGGGCAUGUCUUCGUAUGAGGGAGAGUCUCUUGGAGCAAUUAAACGUUACCAAAUAAUGACUCGAAAGAGUCCAUUAGCUUCACUAUCAUUAUAGCAUAAUUGCAGGAGACUUCAUGGGGACUCUAUUUAUAGUUUACAGACACGAUUUAAGAGAUUUCUUUGGCAUUUUUUUUAUAAAGAAAUUAAAAGACACGCAUUUUUUAAGUUUUCAGUAUAUUUUUAUCAUACUUUGAGGAAAUUGCAUGGAAUUUUUUCAUAAUUGAAACUCGCAUGUUGAGUUGCAGAGCGCGUCAUAACACGCUCGUGUUCUGCUGAUGUGCAUGAUAUAGCUCGUUGUUUAAAAUAAACAUAAUAAUGUUUAAAAUAAACAUAAUAAUUAAACUUAUGAUAUUUACAAACCAAAGACGAUUCACUCUGGUUAUCAACGUUGUUUCAACUUUAAUGUACACGUAGGGACAAAUUUUAAAAUAUACAUAGUUUUAUAAUAUAUACAUACAAACAUUUUAUUUACAUAGACUCUAAUGCUGAAAAUUUCUAAGUUAAAGGGAGAUAUCGGAGAGAUAUCUUGAUUUUUCUUUCUAACGAUAGGAAGUCGUGUUUCAAUAGAACGAUGCAACUCCGAGUUGAAGAGGCAAGUUUCUACGUGUCAAUGACAAUUGCUGAUAUACACAUUUCGUGCAAUAAGCUUUAUAAAGUCAAUACGUUGGUAAUCCAGCUCAAGUUCAAGAGCGAAAUUUGUUGAAUAAUGUGACCGUAAAAAAAGUUAUCUUCUUCGAGGAGCCACUAAAUAAUACUCACUUAACCCACGAUAUUUUUUAUGCUCAACUUGUAUAAGUUGAAUGUAUUACCGAUGCACAAGCUUCCAAGUUAUCAAAUGUAUUAGCAGUAAUACAUCGGCAAAGAGAACCAACAUAUUAAAAUAUGUUAUUUCAAGUAAGAUUCUUUCAUAAAAAUAAAUCGUGGUUUCACAUUUGACUCAAAUUUCAAACUUGAAACUUCUCCAUGCAUCGGAUGCGUGUAAGAAAAAUCUAUUGUGUAAUAUCGUAUACAUGUAUAUUUGUUCAAAUUGGAUGUGUAGCGAAUUCUAAAUUCGUAUUAUAUUAAUGAAUUUUUAUCACAAUACAUAAUUCUUUCUUAUGUUACAUCUACAUAUAUCUCUUGGAGCAAGCUAAUUUGUAGGCGUGAAUUAAAGGAAUUUGAAAUUUUUUAGAAAAUUAUAAGACACACAUCUUGUUUGCUUUUUUCAAAUGCAGCUAUAUCAUGCAUUUCAGAACAUCAUUUGUAGUACACAUGUUACGCCACGUGUUUUAUAAUUCAAUUAAUAUGCAAGUUUCAGUUAUGAAAAAAUAUGUAAUUCCCUCAGAAUAUAAUAAAAACAUUGAACAUUUAAAAAACGUGUCAAUUUUUUUUAUAAAAAAGUUCUAAAGAAAAACUUUUAUAAUUCAUGCCUACAAACUAUCCGCAGCUCUUAAACAUACACAUACACACAUACCAUGUACAUGCUACAUACCAAGAUGCGUAGUGUUAUGGACUUGAGAUUUGAUGCCUUGUCACAAGGAUAAUAAUUUGUCGUCGUAUGAUCGUCAUCGGAAAAGCACGGCAUCGUAAGCCGUUGAAUGAAUGCUCCAAAGACCUACAUGUAGUUGUAACAUAAGAAAGAAUUAUGUAUUACGAUAAAGACUCAACACAAUACGAAUUUAGAAUCCGCUUCCAAUUUGAACAAAUGUACAUAUAUACGAUAUUACACAAUCGAUUUUUCUUGUGUGCAUCCGAUGCAUGGAGAAGUUUCAAGUUAAAAAUUUGAGUCGAAUGUGAAACCACAAUUCAUUUUUAUGAAAGAAUCUUACUUGAAAUAAUACAUAUUGACACAUUAAAUCUCUUUGCCAGUGUAGCACUGUGAUAAUACAUUUGAUAUAAAUAACUUGGAGGCCAUAAUGCAUUACUGGUAAUACAUUCAACUCAUAUAAGUUGAGUAUAAACAAGUGUCGUUAGUUAAGUGAGUUAUUUAGUGGCUCCUCGAAGAAGAUAACUUUUUUGCAUUAUUCAACAGAUUUCGCUCCUGAACUUGAGCUGAGUUAUCAACGUAACUUUAUAAAGCUUAUCGCACGAAAUAUACACAUCAGUAAUUGUCAUUAACACGCGGAAAGUUGCUUCUUCACUCGGAGUUGUUCUGUUGAAACAUGAUUUCCUAUCGUGAACAAGAAAAAAAUCAAAUAUGAAUUCUUCAGUUAAUUGGAGAAAAUUGAGAAAUAAAAAUUUCCCAGUAUCUUCCUUUAACAUAGAUUUUCAGUAUUAGAAUCUAUGUAAAUAAAAUUCGUAUGUGUAUGUUAUACAAUCAUGUAUAUUUUAAGAUUCGUCCCUACGUACAUUAAAGUUUAGACAACGUCCAGAGCGGAUCGUCUUUGGUUUAUAAAUAGCAUAAGUUUAAUUAUUAUGUCUAUUUUAAACAACGAGAACGUAACUCUUAUUUAUGCUUUAAAGUUAUUCACGUACACAUGAGGAGAGUGAGAAGAGUUUAAGUACAUAACCAUAAAACCGACGACUUUUUUAUGUCACCGACUUUAUCUUAACGUAUUAGCCAUGCUAUAUUCGUAAUUAUUGUCUAGGAAAAUUUACUGAUUAUCUUUAAUUGUUGCGAGAUAUCAUGACGAUUCGUACGUGUACGAUUUAGACUAAACGCAUUUAAAUAGCUUUGAAUAUGCUAACUGUACAAUCGCAAUCUGAUAAAUAAAUUAUGUAAGUUUGUAAGUAUGUUUAUACUUACAAGGAAAUGUACGAGUGUCCCUUUCCGAUGCGCUUCGGAUGUUGCUGAUUAGGUUAAGAUAGGAGAGACUUGCUUCUUGUAGGUACUUUCUAGCGCAGAUUUAGAGGGUACCUUUUUAAAUACCUUUUUGAGAAAAGAAUCGAUUUUUAUAUUUCUAAAUAUCUUUAAAACAAUGGUAGAAAUAUGAAGAAAUGUCUUUAAUAAAACUGCGGUUUUAAAAGAUCCUCACAGCGAUCAUCAUUGGUUUUUUAGAAUGUUUAGUUUUUGAAGAUCACUCAUAUUUAACAAAAUUUUUUAAUUUUUUUAUGAUCAUAGUGUAUGAUAUAGUACCGUGUUCGUUGUUUCUUUCGCUAUGAGGUGUAUAAUAUACAUAUAAAUGUAUGUAUAUCCAUUUACGAGUACUAAUUACAAUUUAAUUUGGUUCCUGUAUUAUUCUACCGUUAAAUGACUAAAAUUCAUAGAUUGCUGUGAUAAUAAAGACCACGCAGCUUACCACCGGCCCAAGAAAUCUUUUGGUAUGAGGCUUAUGGUUUCUAUCAAUUUAUCACUUGGAUACAUUGUUCGACUGGACAUAAAUGUGAUUCAGUUUCCAUAAAAUUUAAUUAUCGCAUACGUUAUACUAUAUGUAUUUUUAUAUUUGGAUAUCGAUCAUUAUUGUUUGACUAUUGAAAAAGAUCAUUUAAUAACCGUUUGAUAUUAUUUGUUAUUAUACGAAAGUUGCGCCUCGACAAGUGCAAUAGGACUUUUACUUGACAUUCUUCCCUAUAAAGGCAGAAUUAAUUAUGUAUUAAAUUUAUUUUUAGAUGGUUUAUAUAUAACACGCUGUAUAUAGACAGAUUUGUAGAUUUUUAUUUGUCAGGUUUACAGUCUACGAAACAAGUAUUCGAGUUUAAGAGAAACGGCGGGAGGAAAUUUCUAAACGAACAUUUACAAAGAAAUCCACGAUUCCACGACAAAGAUGUUUAUUCGGUAUCACUGUACAGUUUUUGUUAUCUUCGUUAGGAGAGUUACCUCAACAACGUGCAUACGCGACGGCACAACAAUGACGAUGAAUAUCCCUUCCGGUGACAAAGAUGUUCGAAAAGUGUACUAAGUCGCAUGGAACCACUCUAACCACGGUGAGUACAGUACGUGCGUGUAUGGGUAUGCGGAGUGAGAGGCGCUGUCGUUUUUAUCUUUUCUUUUUUUUUUAAUUCCAACUUUCAGUAACGUCUUAUUCGUUCGUUACACUGAAAUCCGUAAUGUGAUAACAAUGUGAGUUGUUUUAUUAGCUACAUGAGAAACAGUAGGCCAUGAAAUUAUUAUUGAAACAAG